GAGAGAGAGAGGGAGACUUUCCAUGAGAAAGUAGUCAAAUUAAGAAAUAUCACAAAACACACACACACACACACCGUUCAGUAACUCAUUCGGAUUGCAUUUCUGACGUCAAACGUCAUCGACUCGAAAAUCAGGAAGACAUAAAGAAGGACCAAGUGGAGUUUAAGUUUUUGUGAGGAACCCGUGAGUCGACAUGUCCAGGUCUGACUUCCCCCCGGGCUACGACGAGUCGCGGCUACUUUCAGCAGGAGGUCCACAGCCUUCUGCACCCCCUCCAGCCUACGAUUACUCACCGUAUGGAGGUCCUCAGCAACCGGGACCCUUCCCUGGAGCUCCCUACUCCCAGCCCUCUGCUCCUUACCCGGGGCAGCCUGGAAUGUACCCCGCACAGCCAGGGCUACCUGGUCAAGGAUACCCAGCAUAUACAGGGCAACCCGCUCACGGAUACCCCGCUCAGCCAGGGCAACCCGUUCACGGAUACCCCGCUCAGCCAGGGCAACCCGCUCAUGGAUACCCACCACCGAUGCCACCCAUAAUCCCACCAAUUAUUCCCAUCUCUGACUCAGGUGACGACGGCUUCACCACGACUUCAGGAUGGGACAGCGUGAGCGUGCGGCAUGCCUUCAUUCGCAAAGUCUAUCUGAUACUCGCAGCUCAGCUCCUCGUCACAUUCAGCAUCGUCGCUGUUUUCACCUUUGUACAACCUGUUCGGAGUUUUGUUGUAAAGAACCCAGGGGUCUACUGGGCUUCAUAUGCCGUCUACAUCGUCACACACCUCGUGCUGGUCUGCUGUAAAGGACCCAGGAGGCGUUUUCCCUGGAACAUUUUCCUGCUCGCCCUCUUUACUCUGGCUAUGUCCUAUAUGACCGGCACAAUAUCCAGUUAUUAUGACACCAAGUCCGUGUUCCUGGCGCUGGGAAUCACCGCGGUCGUCUGCAUCGCCGUGACCGUCUUCUGCUUCCAGACAAAGGUGGAUUUCACCAAAUGCACAGGUCUUUUCUGCGUCCUGGGGAUCGUCGUAUUCGUGACCGGGAUCAUCACCGCGAUCGUGCUGUCGUUUAAAUACAUCCCGUGGCUUCACAUGCUCUACGCUGCUAUUGGAGCGAUCGUGUUCACGCUGUUCCUGGCCUAUCACACGCAGCUCCUUAUCGGGAACAGGAAGCACUCGAUAAAUCCCGAGGAGUACGUCUUCGCGGCUCUGUCCAUCUACGUGGACGUCAUCCAGAUCUUCCUCUUCCUCCUGCAAAUCAUCGGAGCUUCUCAGAGAUAAGAGUCGUCGUGGCUCGAGCGCACGUGCUUCCGACAGUGAAGUGUAUCGGAUAUCAGACAUAAAUGUGAUCUCGAGGCUUCUUCUAACAUCAGGACAGAAGCUCCGGAAGGAAAAGUGCUGAUUUUUAGGACGAUGGUUUGCGCCAUCUUUAUUUUAAGUUUACAGGCUGGAAAUAUUUUACACACACCAUAUUAAUUCUUUUGAUAUAAGCUGGAAUUUUAUUUGUACUAAUAAUGAAUUUAAUGUUGAUUUCAUACACAUCUCUAUACAGGUUUAACUUAUUAUUAUUAUUAUUAAACGAUAUAAGCACUGUAGAGGAAGUUACUAUUCAAAUGAUUCAGAUGUUGAAUUAUAGUACAAGAAAUAUUGGCACCCUUUUCUGUUCACUACAAGCAAAUAGAAUUUAAACCUUCUUUAGACGUGUUUAUAGAAUAUAUACGUUUAAAAUAUUGAGACAGCAGAUGAAUGAUGCCUACAUAGUAAUGCGCAUGAUCUCUUUUCCUGCUCCUGUUUUCUACAGUUGAGUAAAAAAAAAUUAUAUAUACACCAAAACAGUCACUUUUACUUUUUGCAUGUUGAGAAAUUCAGGUUUUUAUUCAAUAAAUCGUCUCGUGAAAGACACCAAACUUUGCACUCAGCUGCGUGUAACACUGACUACAACGAAAUAAAAGAUAUCUUACGCCUUUACGUCUGUGCCGUGUCAUAAGGAUGGGCGAUAUGCUGAAAAUAUCUUAUCAUGAUAGUGAUGUUUAGCAUCAUGGAGGUUUUACUAACAAUGUCAAAAAAAUAAACAGUGGUGCUCAAAAUCAAACAAUCAUGAAUGACAUUUAAUCAGAGAAAUCAAAUUCUCACAUCAUUGUAACACAGCUCUUAUAUGGGCUACUGUUUAUUUAUAUAUAUAUAUAAUGUGUGCGUGUGAGGGUGCCAAUAGUUUUGCACCAUCCUCUCAUAUUUGUCAAUUUAAGCAACUUUAUAUAAACGUUUGUAAAUAAAAGAGACUAUAUAUCCAA